CUAAUAUUAUUUAUUAAAUUUGAGUAUUUAAAAAUUAUAUUUUGGGUUCACUAUUAAUUUAAAUAGAAUAGUAUGACGAAUCAUCACAGAUUGGAGUUAUAUGAUAGACUUUUAGAUAAUAAUGCUUGCGUAUCGUAUUCACUCCGUAUUUUUUAAAAAUGGCGCGCUGCAUGCGUUUUCAAGAGGAAUGAUUUCUUGAAUAAAUGGCUAAAUAUUAUAUCAUUGGGAAACCUUGCUGCAUUCUAUCUUGUAAAGGAGAGAUCAUUAGUUCCACGUUCAAACAUAGCAUAGCAACAACAAUCUAUCUAGUCUACAAAAAUGCCGAAAGUCGUUCCAGAAUCAAGCGUGGCGUGAAGUAUGAUAAUAAGCAUGAGCAUGAAAUAGGCACCUUACCACAGCGAAGGCUUGUUGCUGAUGCAUAUUGGAGGACUCAAAAAACUGGAGACACAGUGAAUUUUUGGACAUGGUACAUCAAAGACAAUGGGCCCUUUACGAUUGAAAACUUUAAGAAAGUUGCCUCUAAAGACCUUGACCUUGACUGUGUGGAUGAAGAUGGCCAGCCAUUAUAUCCCUCAAUAUCGAGAAUACAGCCAGAACCACUCUUUGAUAUUAUUUGGAAUAGUAGCAAUCCUGCUUGGGUUCCAAGACAACCAACAAACAAACCACAGUCAAAGAUAGAUAUUCUUAAGGGGAGAAAGAAAAUCAUAUUUUGGAUCUGAACUGUUCACCCCAGAUGAAGAAGUCGACCAGUACGUCAUCUUAAAAAGAUCAGCAGUGAUCUUACCCCUAACUCAGAAGUUGAUGUUUGUGGACAAAGCCACUGGAAAGCUGCUAAAGAGAGCUCGCAUAGGAUGGCACGUCUUGACCAAACUGGUGUAUUUGGCUCUACAUGCAGACAUGUUAUACCUCCUAAACUUCUAAACAUGUUCCAAGGGGAGAUAUUCGCUUAUGCACACUGUAUGCACUCCUAUGGCCAAAGGCCAUUCUUCUACAUGCCAGAUAAUGUGGGGUGGUGAUUGGAAGAAGGGUGCUUGGACAACAUCCAAUGCUUGCAAGCCCUCCAAAUACAUGGGUUGUGCUAGAAGAGAGGAGGUGAUCACACGUCUCGUUUCAUUUUGGGGAACGAAGAAAGUGAAGUCGCUCCUGGAGUAUUUAACUCGAAGAUAUAGGAAGGUGAGAAAAUGGUUGCUGAGGCUGAAGAAGACCUUGCAAAGUACAAGGAAUAUGAUAUACUUGAUCAUGUUCAAGAUUCUACAAAUAGGAAUGGUGUUUCUCCCGAGGUAGAAUAUUUUCAGCUGAGAAAACAAGAAGAUGUUUUCAAUGCUUUAAACAAUGGACAACCAAGAAUAGUUACCGGUACAGUGGAUUUGCAUCUAAGCCUUGAAA